AUGCAUGCUGGCAAAUUCGACUUUUUAAUUGUUCUUAUUAUAAUUGUUUCUUUGGACCAGUUUCCGACAGAAAUUAUCGAAAUAUUUGAUGAACCAAGACCGGGUGCGAUUAUUGCGCGCUGCUACGGCAACGAAACUAGCCUGCUCGACUGCCUCGCUUAUGCUGAUGAGCAAGGCGUUCCGUGUAGUUCCCAUCUGGCCGCCGCAGUGCGCUGUAUCUCAAGUGAGUCAACGGUGAUUUUCAUUGGGAUAUCUGAUUAA